CCGAUCCCGGCGCGGCGACGAUGGCGAACCCGCGGGUCUUCUUCGACAUGACGGUCGGCGGCGCGCCGGCGGGCCGCAUCGUGAUGGAGCUGUACGCGGACACGGUGCCGCGCACGGCCGAGAACUUCCGCGCGCUCUGCACGGGCGAGAAGGGCGUGGGCAAGCUCGGCAAGCCGCUGCACUUCAAGGGCAGCGCCUUCCACCGCGUCAUCCCCGACUUCAUGUGCCAGGGCGGCGACUUCACCAAGGGCAACGGCACCGGCGGCGAGUCCAUCUACGGCGAGAAGUUCGCCGACGAGAAGUUCGCGCGCAAGCACACGGGCCCCGGCGUGCUCUCCAUGGCCAACGCCGGGCCCAACACCAACGGGUCCCAGUUCUUCAUCUGCACCGUCGCCUGCGCCUGGCUCGACGGCAAGCACGUCGUGUUCGGGCAGGUCGUCGACGGCAUGGACGUCGUCAAGGCCAUCGAGAAGGUUGGGUCGCGCAGCGGCACCACCUCCAAGCCCGUCGUCAUCGCCGACUGCGGCCAGCUCUAGAUCUCAUCUGGUUGCUCCUGCCCCGUGGUUCGUUUCGGUCUGUUCGUCUGGUCUCCCGUGUCGCGUCGUCGUCGUCCUGAAAUAACAUGUCGUCUCGUGUCGUGUCUCGCUUGUGUCCGUCCGAUAAGAUAGAUCUCCGUGGUUGGUUUAGGAUGGUUUCAGGUGAUCUCUGUCGUGUCCCUGCUAGAUCUGCUGCUAUGGUACCCUUUCUAUGACAACUUCGCUCGCUAUGAGAAUGAAUCAAUCA